CCAACUACGUGACCCGAACAUCGCAGUUUGCUUCGUAAGUUCGUGGUCAAGAAAUUGUGUUGAUGUGCGAAAAAACGUGUGGAAAAUUAUUUUAAAAUGUGUAAAAGACAUAAAAUUAACAUUUGAAUUUAGUAAAAAGUGCAUAGACUCAUUUUAUAAUAACGAAUCUUAAAAAUCGUUUCACCCAGAGCAAUAAACUGUUAUAGUAUUUUGCGCCACUGAAUCAGCAGCGGCACAAAAACGAAAACAAUCCAAUGCAGCAGCAGAGGUCGUAGCAGAAGUUAUAGCAACGCAACGCAUACGUAGGGCAUCAUAGGGCCAUAGCAGCCGCAAGUGCAUUAAAAAAUUCUCGAACAAAAAAGUUCUGCUGCAAUUAUUGGUGGGGAGAAAAUCCCAAAGAUAUAUUGUAGUUACUUCAAGCUAUUUUUUGCGUAAGAGAUUACAAAGAACUGUGGUUGUAUUGCAUGUGGCAUUUUUAUUUGGCAAGUGGAGGUGUCAAACGGGUAGCGAAUUGUUUUAUAUCGUCGUGUUAACGCUCACGUCCGAGUUCCCGAUAUUGGCGCUUUGAAAAACUACGCAGUGAAAAGCGCAGCAGCAGAAAGAAAUACGGACCGAGAAUAAAUAAACGUAGUGGCGGUAAAUUCAUUGAUUUUUUGUUUUUAACUCGUAAAGUUUGCGUGUAUUUUUACAAAUAAGAAAAUUACAUAUGAAAAAAGUGACGAGAUUAAAAAGUGCUCGUUAUAGAUGCUAAUACAGAAAUAUAAAUACAAAUGGAAAAUAUAGAAACUAUAAAGGCAAAGGCAAUAACAAUGCAAUGUGGAAACAUUGAAAGUGGCGCUAAAAUAUCUGUGCCGCUACAGGAAAACAAAGAAAAAUCAUCACAGCUUAAAUUGCAAGAACCUGCCAACGGUCAGCUAAAUAUUACAAACAAUGGUGUAAAGAAUACAUCAAUUGAAAAUGUUGUGCAAGGUGCAACGGAAACUCAAAAAAAUCUACUGAUAAAUGUAGCAAAAAACGAUAAACAACCACUUUUAACAGGAGGUUCAGAAAAUGCAGGAGAAGCCGAUACGAUAAGUCGGAUCGAAAGAGAGAAAAAUCAUAAAAAGAAAAAGAAAGAAAAGGAUCGUGAACGUGACCGCGCAAAGGAUAAGGAACGUAAUAGGGAUCGUGAUCGAGAUAGAGAACGUGAGCGGGACCGUGAUAGGACACGAGACCGUACCAAGGAAAAAAUACGCGAUAAAGAUAGAGAUCGUGAACGAGAACGCAAUCGGGAUAAAACGUCAACCAAAGAGCGUUCUAGCAAAGAUCACAGUUCGCAUUCUAGAUCUCAAAAUUCUUCCGGGAGCAGCAGUGAUAAAAACAAAGAUGGCGGCAAUAAACACGCGAAGCCUAAACCCACCACAUCAUCCAGUGUAUUAUCUAAACGUGAAAAAGAGAAAGAUAAGAUACCACUCUCAACAACAUCUUCAGAAAGUUCCUUGAACGAGCAUAGGCGGCGCAGUUCCGAUAGUAGUCGCGGAAGUCAUACCAGUUGUACAAAAUCAUACAGUCGAACAAACAGCAACGUAGUUACGAAAGAUGUGGUUCGCACAUCUCUUGAAAAGUCAUCCUCAUCAUCUACGAAAAUCGAAACGGAAGAAAGCAUUCCUACGCAAAUGGAAACAGAAGAAUGUUCUAAUCCAGUUGUAAAUACAAUCAAAAUGGAAAUAAAACAACAGGAAAACAAAAGUAGUGAAGUGCGUGCACAAAACAAAAUGGAUAAUGAAAUGAAUGCUUCAGAUACAACUGAAGUAAUUGUGAAUAACAUAAAAAUCGAGAAACAGUUGGAAGCAGUGGAUGAUAAAAAAUCCUCUUCCGAGUGCGUUACUUCAAAUGAUGGCUUUAUUGCACACAAAUUACCUAACGGUAUCGGCGAAAUAAAUUCCAAUAUAAUAAAUUCUACAAAAUCAAUAUCACCUUUGAAAACUGAUUUAACUGUGAUAGAAAAAGUUAAAACCGUUAAAACCGAAUGCAAUGGGAUUGCUAAGAGUGAGACGACGGCAGGCGAACACAUCAAUAAUAGCACUGUUGUUAAAACUCGUGACGAUGUAUCACGCCAAUUGGUUUUUAGCAAUGCACCAGACAUGAAUACCGCAACAAAAGAGUCUAAAACAGAAAAAUCGAAUGAUAGUCGCUUGAUCUCACAUUCAUUCAAAACUACACCGAUUUCAAAAUCAUCUAAUAGCAGUGGACAUUCGUCGACUAUAUCUGCAAGUAACUCAAGUGCACGAAAAUCGUCCUCAUCAAAUAGUAGCAGUUACCAUCGUAAAAAUUCAACCUCUUCAUCAUCCUCAGCUACGAAGCAUUCAUCUUCGUCAACAUCAGCAUCGGCAUCUACAUCGGCAUCGUCGUCAUCGCGCAACCGCGAUUGUUCCAAGUGCUACAAACGUUCAAAAAUACGCCGAACUAGUGUUGGAACACAAUUUCAACAGAACGAACCAUUCUCGUUAAGUACUCCGCGAAGGCGGGUGGAACGUCCACCUCAAGGAUUGGAACACUUGAAAUAUGGACGAUUAUUUGAAGUUGAGGUUCAUCCCAAUGGAGGCGCUUCCGUAGUACAUUUGUAUCAGGAUGAGUUGGACCAACUAACGCCGGAACAAAUGGAGGAGUUGGUAGAGGAAUUUUUCAAUGUUUGCUUUGCCGAAGACGAUCAGGGCUAUGCACUACAUGUUAUGGGAAUAGUGCAUGACGCUGCACGUUAUAUACCCGAUCUGCUGGAACACAUGGCCGAGAAUUACUCAACGUUGACGGUUAAAGCUGGCGUGCUGGGGAGGAACUCGGAUAUUGAAACAUGUACAAUGUCUCAAUACAAUGAGCAGGUGGUAAGAAAUUAUUCGCAAGGAACGUUUCGUUAUGGACCCUUGCAUCAAAUAAGUUUAGUUGGUAAAGUGCACGAAGAAGUGGGUGGAUAUUUUCCCGAUUUGUUGGGUCGUAUCGAGUCCAAUCCAUUUCUCAAAAAGACCAUGCCUUGGGGUUCAUAUUCUAUUUUGCAAACCGAUCCUCGUCUGUCUAAUGACGGUCCAAUAUUGUGGGUGCGAGCAGGCGAACAAUUAGUGCCUACAGCUGAGCUGAACAGUAAAACGCCAAUGAAACGUCAACGUACACGUAUAAAUGAACUGCGCAAUCUGCAGUAUCUGCCACGUUUGUCGGAAGCGCGUGAGACCAUGAUUGAGGAUCGCACCAAAGCUCAUGCAGAUCAUGUUGGACAUGGUCAUGAGCGGAACACUACUGCUGCAGUGGGCAUAUUAAAAGCGGUACACUGUGGCCAAUCAUAUAAUCACAAUCGUAUUACGAAAGACGUAGUGGCAUUCGCUGCUCAGGACUUUAACUACCUCGUAGGGAUGUUACAGCUCGAUUUGCACGAACCACCAAUAUCACAAUGUGUGCAGUGGAUUGAGGAUGCCAAGCUAAAUCAAUUGCGCCGUGAGGGAAUUCGGUACUCUCGCAUUCAGCUGUGUGAUAAUGACAUAUACUUUUUGCCGCGGAACAUUAUACAUCAAUUUCGAACGGUUACAGCCGUUACCAGUAUUGCUUGGCACUUACGCUUGCGUCAGUAUUAUCCAGGUCAGGAGGUAAUCAACGAAAAGAAUAAUCCAGUGUUGGCAGAGCCACCACACUAUAAAGAGAAGCAGACGUUGCUUCCCCAUCCUAUAUCACAGGACGAGCACCAUGGCAAGCGUACACCCUGUAAGCGGACGCAUGAUGGUAAAGCAAAGAAGUCAAAACUGAUUGACAUCGACGGCAAGGAACGACGUUCCAGUGAGAGUGGCACAGAGGACUCGAAUUCGAAGGACGGCUCUGACUGUGGAUCCACAACAAGCCGCAAACGGAAAGCCGUAAGAGACGACGCAAGAAUCGAUAUGCGCAAAAUGGUGUUGGAACAUAAACUACACAAGUCUAUGGCGGCGAGCAGUGAACAGGAAAGUGUGCCUACCAACACAUCGACAACGGCAAACGACAGUGGCAGCGCGAGCAACAGUAACGCAAGCGCUACUUUAGAAUCUCCGUCAACUGAGAAGCACUUGAAAAAGCGCAAAGAGUCCAAGGAUAAUACAACUCAUAUAGAGGCUAUGAAGCAAGAACGACGAGGCAGCACGAACAAUAUCAGUAGUAGUUUGACGCAUAAACUAAACUCUAAUGGCGAUACACCAAAUGAUACACAAUCCAAAAAUACUUACUUAAACUCAGUUAUGAAAUCUCAAACACCAACUAGUACACCAAGUGCACAAAACCAAGUGAAGAAAUCAAACACCGAAAUGCUAAAGGCAACGACGCCGCAAACACCAACAACUUUAACGGUAGCAACGGUUGCGUCCACGUCAUCCGCCACACCACAAAAGAUACCCAAACUGCCGGAGCCGACAGUGCCUGCAACACCCUUGCCACUUGUGCCUCAAACGCCCUUUACACAUCGUGAGGCCUAUGUUAAUAGCCUAAAUCAAAAGGAACCCGAGAUCAAAAUUCAAGUACAAAUAAUAUCCGAUGAACCUUCCCUCUCCUCAACCGCCACCGCUUCUGCUAUCACCAACACCCCCAACACCAAGACAGCAAAAUCAACCGUUCAAACACAAUUACCGUCACCGCUGCCACCACAAAUGCCUCAAUCGGUGCUAACACUGCCGACCAACGUACCACAACCCACGAGCUACCCAACAGAGAGCUCAUUGAACGCCGGCGCAACAGUGUCACAAAGCACACCCACAGCUCAAACGGACCACGUCAAUAUACUUUCAAUUGGCAGUGAGCCUUCAACAAUCUGUCAACCACAGUUGGUGGUCGAUCAUGAAGAGGAGGUGACCGUCUCUGAAGAACUCGUCGAAGUUGCAACACAACCCACGUCGCCGGCAGCGCCAAAGUUACCGAGCGUGACAACAAAAGCGGCAGUGACUUUUCCACCAUUGCCACCGGAAAUAUCGCAAGCUCUGCCACCGCCGCCACCGAUUGUGCAACUGGAAAACAAAGCCAUAUUGCUUGCCACACCCAUUGCCGGUAGCAGCAACCAUCACACGACGCGAACGGUAGUAAUAGUGCCGCAGGCGUCACUUAAAACAAAGACCAAUAACAGUAGCGUUAACGUGCGAGUGGCGUCUACUAGUGUUACAGAGCAACAACAACAACAACCUGUUGAACGGAAGGCACACAAAAUUAUCAAGGUUAGCUCGAUAAGCAAACCGCCGAACUCUGCACCAGCUGAUCUGCUUAGCUCCAUCAUGGCCAGUAUGGAUAACAGCAAUGCGUCAGCCACGUCGGCAACAAACACACACAACUACUCCUCAUCGCUGCAUUAAGGCGUUGCGCUGCAGCAAAAAGGAAUUCAACGCGCAUAUUACCACUAAAAAUGUUAAGUUGGAAAGGGUCAUCGUGUGUCUAAGUAGCUGCAGGGCUGAGCAGUAGUUAAGCAAAUCAAAAUAGAAUCACCUUCUCAGUGCUUGGCUAGCAAGCUAAUAGGUGUAUAAAACAAACUACACAUAGCAGAAAGAAAACACACAAAAACAAUUACUGUUACGAUUUGCAGCAUAUUUGUAAAUAUUAUUAUUUUUACACAUACAUUACUUUACAUAUAUGAUAUCAACAUAUUUAUGAGUAGUUUAUCUUGCGUUGUACGAGACUAGCUUUCCUUAAUUUAUUUAUGCGUGAUUUAUGAGAAUUCUCAUACUCGUGUGUGCAGCUGCAUGCUGUCGUGCAUACUAUGAGAACCCAUUGUUUUUAUGUUAGAUCCAAGUGGGCGCUACACUUUUCGAAAAUAGUUUGAGUAAAGACAACAAUCAACACAGGCACACGCUUAGCGUGCACUUGCUCCUGCUUACUUCAAACAAAUUUGCACAAAGUCCAGUUGAUCAGCAGUCCAAUCCAUGCAUAUUUCUUUCUCGUAAUAUGCAAAAGAUGCACACUUGCACCAAACUGAAGCCACUUGCUUGUUGUGGAUAUAAAAACAAUAAAUUCUUUUUAAAUGCGCUAUUUAGGCUUUAGUGCUUCUUAACUCGCUUAUACCGGAUUUACAUACUUAUGUAUUUUUAGGCAUAUUAAGUUGUUGUUAAAAUGUAUUAGCUGCUAAAUCGCAGAGCAUAAUAACAUAUUUUAUUUAAUUUUAGUUAUAUUUUGUGUGGCAGUUAAUUGACAUACAUACACACAUACAUAUACAUAUAUGUAUAAAGAUGUUUGUUUACAUUUGCAUAUGCAUUGUACCUAUGUAUAUAUUUUGUUGUAUAUUUUGGGUAUAUAAUGCUCGCUGUAUACACGAUAUACAUAUGUACAUACAUACAUUAACACACACACAUACACAAGAACAUACAUAAAAGGUGUCACUACAUUUAUGUAUGAAUUUCGCAACUUUUUUCACAUAUUGUACAGAAACAAUGACCUACAUAUAUAUACUUAUAUUGCAUAUACAUAUACUUACAUACAUAUAUUAAAUAUAGAAGAAAGAUGAUUAGCAAAUAAAGUUUUAUUAAUACGACAAACGUAUUUUCAUCUUCAUUGAUACGGAUCUAUAUUGGGUACUUACCACCUGCAUCCCAUCGCAAUAAAUCUCAUCUAUAAAUACAUAUGUAUAUGUAUGUGCUAAUUUUGGCUUAAUAUCACAAGACUUCUCUUCGACUAUUUACACUUCGAAACUGGGAGGGGUUUUUGAACUAAAAUUAGGGUUUUUACACCGAUAACAGCAAUGAUCAAAGAACUAUGACUUAACGGUCCAAACAAGUUAAGAUCGCCGAACUAACAGUCCUUGCCCGGAUAAAAACCGUGUUAAUUCCGGUAUCGUAUAACGUCGGUUGUGGGAAUUAUUCAUUGACUCCCUCCCCGUGAAUGGCGUACUUGGACUACCAAUUGCACACACACAUUGUAGCUCGAGUUGCCUCGCGAAACUGGAAUCACUCGAGUGCAACUUCGUUCAGGCUACUGUAGCAAAUUAAACGCCUACCAAUCUAGACUGAACCCCGAUAAAUCUAUAUAUAGCUCCUGCAUACAAAGAGUACCCGCAUGACAUUAACCACCUUUUCGCAUGCCCAAUUAAUCCCAUUCAUCUAACACCCACUUCAUUUUGGUCCGACGCCAUCGAAACGGUUCGUUUCAAUGACAAUUGAUUAAUGCCUGAACCCUCAGAUUUGGGUAACCGCUAUAAGGACAACUUGAUCAAAGUACUAAAAUUUUAAAACCGAAAUACCGCAAUUCUUUCGGUAACUCAAAGAACUGUUGGAGCAAUUAGCAAUAUCUCCAUGAGGGUUGUAUAUUACAAGUUAAGCAUAUUGUAUUCAUAAAAGGGAAGUUGUGUCCAUGAUUUAGGGGUUAUGUCCAAUGUUAUUGAUUUGAAGCCCGCGGGUCUUUGUUAUCUACGAUAUAGUGAAAUACAAUUCUUUUAAUAAUGAUCGAUAUAUGUAAUUAUAGAUAGAUGAUAUAUGUAAUUAUAGAUUUCCAAUAAAUGUAGUGUUGUUGCGUUCAAAUAACAUCGAAAAUUAAAUAGUGUCUACUUCGACUAAGUAUGAGAAACUCAUUGUAUUUUGGUGCAUUGUUGACAGUUCCUCCACCUAAGGAAAACUUAUUGACGCUUGUAAAAAAUCGUAGUUCUGUUUCAGUACUGCUAUUAGCUGUUGGCUUUCAGGGAGAAAGAAUCGAGAUAAGUUUCAGUGUUGCAUUGCACGCGACACCAUAACCCAGUUCAGUCGAAUGGACUUUUUACUAAAGCUCAAGUUACUCAACAAAAGCUAUUUACAUAAACAUUAGGUAGAGAUUAGCGAUUAGUUAAUGUUUUGAUGUACAUUUGUAUUUCAUAAAACAUUUAUUUCACCUUUAUCAUAGUUUAUAAAAAACAGUAAGUAUAAUGUACAAUUUAAAAAUAUGACGUGUUUAACACAUGUUUUCAUCCUUUACACACAAACACUUCCUAACAGACUAUAUAAGUAUCAUACACUGCAUACCAGUAUAAAAAUUGGAAUUGAUUGGGACCCUUCUCCGCAAUUAAGUUUAAAAACAAAUUGUGAAAUAAAAAGUGUAGGCUUGAAACUAAUUCAAACAAGAUUUCG